AUGGCCCAAUCGAAUACAUCUCAACCCAGUGGGGGUGGUCGCUUGCUCAAUACCUUCCUCAAUCGUCCCGUAAAGGAUCAUGGAUCGGGAUGGUCAAGUCUAUGGGAUUUAGGGGAAAGUGAUUUGUGGGACCGGGGGAAAGCUUCACCAGCUUUGGUAGACAUCGUCGAGCAACAAACAGAGCUCCUCAACCCCUUUACAGCGGAUGGAAAACGGAAGAAAGCACUUGUUCCGGGCUGUGGUCGUGGUUAUGAUGUGGUGAUGCUAGCAUUGCACGGGUUUGAGGCCUAUGGAUUGGAGAUUUCAGACACAGCCGUCAAGGAAGCAGAGAAAUAUGCAUCUACGGAGUUAGCAAAGCCAUCUGCAUAUCACUUUGGUACCGAGCAGCGUCCGUCUAGUACCCCUGGCUCGGUGACAUUCUUCCAGGGAGACUUCUUUACUUCCCAGUGGGACUUUAAAGGAGGCAUUGACGAGACCACUAAAUUCGAUGUGGUUUAUGACUACACGUUUCUAUGUGCUCUACAUCCUGAGCAAAGAAAGAAGUGGGUGGCAAGCAUGGCUCGGGUAACCAAGUCAGGAGGCCUUCUUAUUUGCCUAGAGUUUCCAUUGUAUAAGGACCCGAAGCUACCAGGGCCGCCUUGGGGGUUGAAAGGUGUGCAUUGGAAUCUGCUAGCUGAAGGAGGCGACGGUGUAAUUACUGGAGAAGUUGGGGAAGACGGGAAAGAAAAGAAGCCCGCUACCGCAGAGAUCGGAGAUUUCCGCAGAUCUUUGUAUGUCAAACCUGCACGAUCGUAUGAGGUGGCGAAGGGGACGGACAUGGUCAGUGUGUAUGCCCGGAAAUAG